UUCGAUAUUUUCACUCGUCAGUAAAAAGUCGAAAAUGCCUGAUAUCUUGAAGGUAGACCUAAUUCGUUGUUUUGUGUGGUAUUAAGUGUCUGAUCGGAUUAAAAUAUGCUUUAAAAUGUGCAUCAGUGUUCCGCCUAGCCGUUUUGCUUAAAGUUUGACCGAAAAACAUUCGUUCCGGGGCGUGGGGAGCAAUUUUUCGGGACCCUUAUCACAGAAUUUGAGUGGGCUCUUCGCAGUCGACGAGCGCUGGCAGGAAAAAAUUCCUUCGGAAUUUUGACGUUUUCCUACACCUUUUUACGAGUGACUCGUCCCGUGUAUUUUCGAGAAAAUCGAAAUCGGAAACGAUAAUGAUAUUGAAAGUUCAGAAAAUCUGUAGUUAAUUGUUAGAAAAAAAGUAUUUGACGCGGGGAGCAUUUUUUUUUCGUCGUAAAGUGAACUAUUGAAGAGGGUUUUGCUCGUUUUGCUUGGGGUGUUUACCAUCGCUGGUUGAAAAUUGUGUCAUUGAUUGCUACAAGAAGAAUACGAAAACAUGACAGGUCAUUGUUUUGAUCCAGUGAAUUCUUUACAGGUCGCAGGUGAUCAUAUCUUGAUAUACGAGGCUUACUACAAACAGCUCGAUCCCAAAGGUAGCAAUGAGAUCGGAGCGCUGGAUGCAGCAAAAUUUCUCAAAAAAUCCGGACUAAGCGAUGUGGUACUGAGCCGCGUAUGGGACAUGUCCGACCCCAAUGGGCGCGGCUACCUGACCAAGGAGGGCUUCUUCGUGUCCCUCAAGCUGAUCGGUUUGGCCCAGGAGGGGUCCGAGUUCAAUCUGAAGAACAUCUACAAGGAACUGUCCAAGCCGCCGAAAGUGGGUGAAAUCCCAAAAGUCACUGGGCAGGUCAAAUUGGUCCCCGCCGAAAAUACAGACUGGUCCAUCAAACCAGAGAAACGGCAACAGUAUGAACAGCUGUUCGAAUCGCUUGGACCAUCCGGAGGUCUGCUCCCGGGAAACAAAGUUCGAGCCACGCUAAUGAACUCAAAGUUGCCCAUCGAUACGCUUGGACGUAUUUGGGAUCUGGCCGAUCAGGAUCGAGAUGGAAGUCUCGAUAAACACGAAUUCUGUGUCGCUAUGCAUUUGGUUUACGAGGCUCUGGACAAACGAGCAAUUCCGGCAGUUUUGCCGCCGCAGCUGCAGCGAAACGCUCCACAAAACGGUAGCGCCGCAGCAGCCGUAAAUAACAAUAGUUUUGAUGCCUUCGGAGGUAGCGAUGGUGGGUUCGUGGCAAACUUCCCGACCGAUAUCGCUCCUCCGCCGGCCGUUCCGCCAUUGCCGAUGGUAGCCCGCGCAACUCCACCGAUCAUUCCACCGGCUCCGCUGGUUCCAAUCAUUCCAACCAACAGCGCCGGAACGGCAGUCGUCGAUCCGAAUGCCUGGGUCGUAGGUACCCUGGAGCGCUGCCGCUACGAAGAAAUCUUCAACAAAAGCGACCUGGACCGGGAUGGCCUCGUUUCCGGUCACGAAAUCAAGGAAGUAUUUUUGCAGUCCGGACUGCAGCAGGGUGUGCUGGCGCUGAUUUGGGCCCUGUGCGAUACCAACCAGAGCGGAAAGCUGCGGCUGGAGGAGUUCUGCCUGGCGAUGUGGUUCGUCGAGCAGGCUAAGAAAGGAAUCGAUCCACCGCAGGUGCUGGCCCCGAACAUGAUUCCCCCGAGCCUGCGGAAGGGUGCGCUGAUUGCGGCGGCGGAGCCCAAACCAACAUACAGCAACCCGGAGCUGGAAAUGAUCUCCAAGGAAAUCGAGGAACUGGCCCGGGAACGGCGCCUGCUCGAGCAAGAAGUUGCUCAGAAGGAGGCCGACGUUCGAAUAAAGAACGGUGAAAUGAGAAGUCUACAGAGUGAACUAGACACACUGACGGCCACCCUGAAGCAAUUGGAGAAUCAGAAGGGCGAGGCACAGAAACGACUCGACGAUCUGAAGAAUCAGAAAGUUGAGGUAGACUCUGCCAUUGCGAGUGCUCGAGAGCAGGUGAACAAAAUUCGCGAACAAUGUCAGAAACAGGAAGAUACCUUGAGAGAGCAAGAAGGGGAGCUGGAUUCGCGCCGUUCGGAGCUACAGAAGCUGAGGGAUGAGGAGCAGGCCCUGGAGCGGGAGUACAACGCCAGCACCAAAGAUGUGGAUCGGUUGACCUCGCAGCUGCAAGAUACUCAGCUGGAAAUCAGCCAGGUCAAGGCAAUGGUUACUCAAAUCCAAGAGUACCAGCGCCAGAUGACGGACGCAUUGUCCAUGUUCCGAAAUGCAAUCGAUACGAACGAUCCGGUUUUGGUAUCGGACUACUCGCUUAAGAUUGAACCCGAAUUUAGAGAGGCAAAGCUUGCCCUGGAAGAGAAAGAAGUGGAAAACGCCAACAAGCGCGAUCCAUUCUGCGAUAACAAGACGAAUGGAUUUAGCGCAUCGGAUGCGGAAACUGGCUUCGGCGAUGAUUUCAAGACCAACGGAUUUGCUACCCAGUUCGAUACGAAUCAAGGUUUCCAGAGCUCUGGAUUUGACGAAGGAUUUGCUACUUCGUUCGAUCAGAAACCACAUGACCCAUUUGCAUCUACCGCCGGUCACGCCGAUCCGUUUGGCGAGAGCAAGGGAUCUGCUCCCGAGGGUGCCAAGGAUGAGUUUGGUUGCGAUCCGUUUGCCAUACUACACGCACCGACCACCGCUAGUCAGAUUCUUACCCCUAGCCCGAGCAGAUCCGUAGCGCCUCCACGACCCGAGUCACCGAGUCCAGCUUUGCCUCCGAAGAAGGCGAAACAACCUCCGCCAAGACCAGCACCUCCAAGACCUCUCCAGGGCCCGACUCCGACGAAGCCGGCUCCCCCAUCGACAGACGCCUUCGGAGACAGCAGUGGCGGUGGCGGAUUCGCCAACUUUGCCGACUUCGACAAUAAGAACCUCAAACCAGCUGCCGUCCCAUCGCCCAUUCCGACAGUUUUGCCAGUUCCGUCGGCGCGAACCGCAGCUCAACAGCACACGUCGCCGCUGCUGCUACCGGCGUCGUCCACAUCGGUGGCACCACUCGGUUCCGGUUCGUUGUUCUCUUCCGCACCGGUGAGUGCUACCAUCGACUCCGCUAAAACUACACCGAUCGUCACAAUCACGACGACGUCGACAACUCCGGCAGCGGUAGACUUUUCCGAUGAUCCCUUCAAGGAUUACCGGUACGAGGAUCCCUUCAACAUCGAAGAUCCCUUCGCGGAAGAAGAUUCGGAACCGAUUAGCUCCGACGAUCCAUUUUCCUCUGAUUCGAACACUCUGAACAACAACCGAGCAGUAAGUCCAAAGAAAGCUUCAACUAACAACAAUCCGUUAGAGAAUGCAUUCGCGAGUGCGCUCUCGAACAAUUUUUCCACCACAUUUGAGGACGUCGACUUCGGCACCGGUGGAAGCUCGACAGCUAAGAAACCUUCCGGUGCGGAUCUGUUCGACGCUUUCAACGAUAACUUCACCAAAAACAGUACUUCUGACAAGGCGGAUCUGUUUCUGAAAGCUUUCGGAGGGAAUGACAAAAAUGCAGACAGCUUUAGCCAAGGCAACGGUGGCGCCAGUACUCUUUUUGCAGCAGCCGGAGCAUCGGGAACUUCCAAAUCUAGCCCCUUUGAAGAUGACGAGUUUUCCCGAAUGGAUGACGCCUUCGCAAAGAUGGACUUUUCGAACAACAAUGGCGGCAUCAGCCAGAAACACAUCAACAAUACCGGGAACAAAGUGAGAAGUCACUUCCCGGCCUCGAAAACCGUCGAAGGAUCGAAUGAUUUUGCCGAUUUUGAUGUGUUCAGCAAUAUCAGUAACAAUCUACGUAACAAUAAUCCUCCCACGCCGUCUACCGAUAGCCUAAAGCGGCCGAAGGAAGCAACGAUGGGAGCCGUUGGGAAGCGGGCCGUCCCGACACCACCUAUGACCAAAUUCAACGAAGACUACUCCAAGGAUGAGGCAGCGUUCGAUGCCGAUUUGCAGGCAGUGCUGCAACGGUCCAAGGUUGAAAUGUAGGGUUCCCCCUCCAUGAUGUGGCCCUUUUCAUAAGUAUCCGUUUCUUAUUAUUUUGUUACCUUUAUUUUCUCUGUUGAAGCUUUUGUUCUGACCAGUACUUUAUCCUUGUUGAGCUAGUACGGUCCUGAGAGGAACAUAAUUUUAUAACUUAACUCUUUCAUCAUUCGGAAGUAUUUGCCAUUAUUCGUCUACCGUCGUGUAGUUGUUUAUUGAAUCGAUUGAAACGGUAUCCUGUUAUUUGGUUUAUUUUUGUUAAAAAAUAUUUCAUUAAAUAUAUUUUCCCUUUUCCUAAAUUCCCUAAAUAAAAAUUAGAAAACUUUUCCUGAAGCGCAAGCUCCAAUAUUUUCUUCUGAGAUUGUUUUACCAUGUAACCAAAAGUACCAUAUAGUGUGCUCUUAAAAGUUUACUCAGUCCUUUUAAGGCAACACUUUUCAACUCAUACUUUCGAAGUUUUACAAGUGCAUCGGGUUGCUCCUCCGUACCGGACCUCUGCUUUGUUCGGUACGACCUGGAUUCGAUUUGACCGAUAACCUAUUACGAUAUUCCAUGGCUUUGGCUCGAUGACCUUCAACAACUCCGUCCUGAAGACCUUCCAGUGAAUCCCAGUACAACGACCUUCAAUUGGCUUCACUAGACGGCCUUCCACAGGCUCAGGUCCGGCGACCUACAAGUGGGUCCCUCUUCUACGAACUACAAGACCUUUCAGUGGGUCCGGCUCGACUACCCUUCAUGAUCAAUGUCAUCAUUUGACGAUUUUUUUCAUUUGAAAUCCUAUCAUUGCGAUCAGUUCAGAAAAGGGGUAGGCUUGAUAGCGGCACGUUAUCCAAACAAACGGGAAAAUUGUGCCUACUUUCGACGACCUUCCAGUGGAUCCCGGUCUUACGACCUUCCAUGACCCCGACUGGGUGACCUUCUUGUACAUCCAGGCUCAACGACGUUCGAAAGGCUCCAGUCCGAUGACCUUCCAUGGCUCCCGGCCGAUGUCCUCCCAGUACCUUUGGCUCGGAAACUUCCCGAUUAGAUUCAUUUCUCGACGACCUUGCUUGGCACCACAUGAGGACACCACAAUGGCUCUUAAUACGACAACCUCACAAUGCUAUGGUUUCUCGGCUCGAUGGUCUUCCAGUUGAUUCCGAUCAUACGACCUUUUCUGACUUAGGUCCAAUGACCAUCCAGUAGAUCCUCGUCCUAUGACCUUCUACAACUCCGGUCUGACAACCUUUCACUGUUUCCAGUUAAACAAUGUUCCAUUUGGUCUUCUAAACAACCUUCAAAUGGCUUCGGCUGCGUAGACUCAAGUUCAACAAGCAACUAUAGCGCUUGUCCGACGAUCUGCAAGUGGAUCUCUUUUCUACGACCUCAGAGACCUUUCAGUGGCUCUGACACAACGACCUUCCUUGUCUCCUGUCCGACGACCUUCUAGUGAAGAUUCAGGUCCAACGACCUUCUAAAGGCUCCGGUCUAUUGCACCUCACAAUUGCUCUCAGUACGAUGACCUUCCACUGGUUUCUCGGCUCGAAGACCUAGUCGAUUUCUGUCCUACGACCUUUUCUGACUCAGGCCAACGACCUUGCACAACUCUGUCCCGACGACUUCUCAGUGGAUCCAGUUCAAUAAUUUUCUAUUUGCUCCUCCCGACGACCUUGAAAUGCUUUCGUAGAUUCAACUUCGACGCACAUUUGUAGCGCUGGUCCGACGAUCUACAAGUUGAUUUAAGCGAUACUACGACCUCGAAGACCAUCCAGUGGCUCUAGCCCAAUGACCUUCUUUGACUCCUGUCCAACGUCCUACCAGUUGUUGUCGGUCCUACGAACUUCUAUGGUUCCGGCUUUACAAACUUCUAGUAGAUCCAGGUCCGACGACCUUCUAAAAGCUCCGGUCAUCGGACCGGAGUAAUGAAAGGUCAUACUAUGGUCCGAUGACCGAUGACCCAGUAGCUUAAGGUUCUCCGGCUCGACAACCUAACAGGUUCUCCGGCUCGACAACCUUCCAGGUUCUCCAAGUGACCAUCCAAUAGCCCCUGUCGCAGUUGACCUGUUAAUGGCUUCGACCCAACGAUCUUCUGAUAGACCCCGGGCUAACGACCUACAAUAGCUCAUACUCGAAAAUCGGACCGACUAUCUUCAAAUGGCUCUGGCUCGAUCGACAGUUAAUAGCUGCGAUCUGACCCUUCCAAUAACCUCGAAAAUUGUUUUCUUUUCGUCCCACAGAAAGGCUAAAGUAUGUGGCACAUAUGGUCGCAAUUCGACCAGACCGAACUGAACGCCAAUUUGAAAAAAAUUGAGUUAUCUAUUGCAACGGAUGCGAAACAUGAUAAACUACAUAUUCAAUGAAAAUCAGAACAUUUUUACUAUUUUUACUGAUUUUAUUAGAAAAUUUCAAUGUUGCAGACAGUGGAAAUGGCAAAAAUGCGUUGCGCCAAAGUGAACUGAGAGCCAGCUUUGAGGAGAAGAUGAAAAGCAUGUUUUGGUCAUGAAACUGAUUUUGUUCGAAAUAAGCUUAUGUGUGUUGGUUUUUUUUCUAUUCAAAACAGUUCUUCGGUUUGUCAGGAACUAAUAUCUAAUAAAUUAAAUGGUAAGAAACGUUCCCGUAGCUAAAAACUUCAUGUUGCGGAUUGUUAACAUUUAUUAAAAUCUCGUUCAGCCAGACUGAACCGAAUCCCUUGAAUUUUGUUUUCCAAUUUACUUAAGGGAAUGUUAGGAUUUUUGACAUUCAACGAUAAAAGAUGCUUUAUUUUAUUGCUUACUGUCGUUCAGAACGCAACCGGUAAGUUUAAAUCACACAUAUUCCGAUUUUCAAAAGUGCGAAAUUUGUAUGGCUCGGUUCACUCUGGCUCAACGAAAAAAAACAUUUUUCAAGCAUCAGCCAUACUCGUUGGGUGCUGCUUGUAAACCGCCUAUAAGUAGGCUCCUACGUUUAGUACAAAUUGCCCAGUCAAAUGAUAGUGCAUGACAAUUUUUUAAACAUUUUUGUUCGACCAGAGUGAACUGGGUGCAAACAUAAUGCUAUUAAAGUUCAGUUUUCUGCUUGAUGUGUAAUCAGAAAUCGACCAGUAUAACCUCGAUGGCUCUAUAAGAGUCUAAAUGUGAUAGUACAAUGAUUAAAUAAGAUAUCUGAUGAAAUGGUAUCAAUUGGUAGGGCUGUGAACUUCGAACUCGGUUUUCUCGAAAUCAAGUUUAUGGCGCUCAGUUCGGUCUGGUCGAAUCGCGACCAUAUUUAGUUGGUAUGCUAUAAGCAAUCUUUGAAGGAUUGUAUGAGAUUUUAGGAGUUCAUUGGAACUUUUGGUUACUUGGGAUAAGCUCCCGAAAUGCAAAUACAAUGCUAGAACUUCUUUAAAAAAAUGCUCAGAGGUCAAAACAAUACCCUGGAGGGGUUGUGUUUUGAAAUCUCACGAGUACCAUUUGUUCGGCCGAUCAUGAAAUUUGAAUGCGCAUGCAUAAGUUAUAAUUUGAUCGGAUAAAAACGACCAUUUAGGGGUCACACAACAUUGCUUCAAGCUGAUGAACUUAUUUCACUGAUUCUGGUUAUCUACAUUAAAUUUGAGUUCAUCUACUUAAAUCUGAACCCCCGAAUUUCCACCAUUUCCGGACCCUUUUUUUCUCAAGCUUGGUUCCAAAUAACUCAAUACACUGCUGAGAGAGUAUAGAUAGGUAAAUUAGAUGUAGAUGUAAAUGCAAGUCUACCAAUAAAAAAUAUAUACUUGAACAACUUAUUCCAUCACAAUAACGAUGCUACUCACAGCUUUUCUGUAUACAUAAGUAAAGCUUCAACAAACCAAGAACGCAUUUCCAGAAGGCUUUUGUACAUAGUUCAAUUUAUUUUCCCCCCUCCUAACAGAAGCAUGAUGGAAUUCCCUGUGUAAGUAGUCUUACAAAAAAAAAACAGAAAACGCAAGAGAUUUCAAUUGCUCACGCGCAGCAAGUGACGAUGUAAAAUAAUCUUCAUAUACCUAGGACUUAAGUUAAAGAGAGUAAAAGUUGAUAUAUUGGUGCUUUGAGAGAGCGAGUAAUCGAUUAUUUUUUGUAAGUAAAUUCGUUAUCUAAUUUAUUAUUGGCUUCAAAAAAUUCCUAUGAAAAAAAAUCCCUCCUUGGAUUUUCCAAAUCGCGUGUCGUUUAUUUAAGUUAAUAAUUCUCUCGAAGCUGCGAAUUCCUACGGUACACUGUCUCAUGUCCAAAUUUGUUAACAAAUCAUAGUUAUUUUUUCAGUAUGCUUCGCUUGUAAACCGUAAAGUAUUCUAGAUUGGCAAAAUUGUUACAAAUUAUAGCGGAAACGAUGGUAUAAUACUGAACUGACAAUUUAGCAACGUCGGGUGAACAACAAUAUUUUCUUCUGUUUAAGUAGACAUCCAGUGCGUGGGAAACUAUACGAGUUGAGAUCGGAAAUAUACGCGUAAUAUUUACCGUUUGCGAAUUAUGGAACGCAAAAGAAACACUUUAAAUAAACUCCUUGUAAUCAGUCAUGUUGUACUCAAUUAUUAGCCCUACUGUAAGCACUGAUUGUUAAUAAUAUCGAAUAGUAUAAAAAUUGUCAUAUAGA